AUGUCGGUUAUAAUUCGGCUGAAAAAUUUGCCCAUGACGGCGGCCGCUGCCGACGUACGCACAUUUUUUUCUGGUUUGAAAAUUCCUGAUGGCGCUGUUCAUAUUAUCGGUGGCGACGAAGGAGAAGUGUUCGUCGGUUUUGCUUCCGACGAAGACGCAAGACUUGCAAUGGCACGGGACAGAGCGAAAAUUCAUGGAGCUGAGAUUCGGCUAUUCCUCUCCUCCAAAUCAGAACAAUCGUCAGUGAUUGCCGCACGAAAGAAUGCAUCAUAUGCAUCUCCUGAGCCACACGAUCAACACGUUCCUUCCGCUUUCACACAUUCUGCCCAGUUCCAGCAGGAUUGGAAACCUCAGCACACAGGAAAUCCGUAUGCCGCUAAAUCCGGAUAUGAGGCAUCGUACCCGCCACAGAACUCUAACCAAAUUCACCUAGACUUUAACAGUCAGAACGUGUACGGUAAUCGUAAAGAAAUAUCUGAGAAUCGACUUCAGUCUCCUAUUAAGAAGGAAGAACCAUUCGACGAUGAUUUUGGUGACUACACGCACUCUUUCCAACCACAGGUUCCGCAGCCACAGCCGAAAUUCGAUAAUAGAUAUGGAUCUGGAUCAACAUCUAUUAAGCUAGAGGAACCAGUGAAGCCUCAAGCCGCUCCACCUGCUCAUCUUCCAAUUCAUUCAGCUCAGAAGCCCGUCCCUGAAAUACAAUAUGGAAUCAGAGGAGCAAGUAUAAAUAAUGGUCAAAAUGGAAUUGGUUUUCAUGAAUCUGGAAAUGACCAAAUGUCAGGAGGAGAUUCGUGGAGAGACAACUCUUUUAAAAAACCUGCUCAGAACGAGUACAACGCCGGAUAUAGAGGUGACUAUCAUGAAUAUCAGAGUUAUCCAGAAACACAUAAACGAGACUUCCAUGGUGGAAACAAAUUCAACCAAGCACCAGCGAGAAAUGUCCCACCAAUGAAUGCACAACAGCCAGUUGUCCGCCCUUCUCAAUCAAUGAACGGCAGGAAAACACUGAUGCCUACUCCCCCAGCGCCAUUCCAAAAUCCUCCUCAACCAUUCGCAGCUCCACCAUCCGGAGGAAAUAAUUCUCAAAUCAAUCGCCCCUUCCAAAAUGGUCUUCCACCGCAAAAUCAACUUCGGAAUGAUACGCCUGUGUUCCGAACCAAUACCGCUCCGCCUCCAAUCCCGAACAACAUAAAUCGACAGAUCCCACCUGCAGUACAACAUCCACCACCAGCUUUCCAGAACAAAAUUGCGACUCCUGCUCUAGUUCCAGCUUUCAAUCAGGCUCCUGUUAUUCCAUCGGCAAACAAACUGAACGGACCUGCUAAUCAGACUGUUGAAAAGUUUUACAUCGAAUUAACGCGACUUCCUAUGGAUUUGCUCCGCCCGGCAGCAUUGGAGGCAUUCAUUCAUCCUACCGUUCCAUUGACUCUUUCAUCAGUUAAAACAGUUUUUGGACCAGGAGGAAUACACAUGCACACCAUCAUUCGACUCGAUUCGAUCGCUGAUUACGCCACUAUGAUGAGAAGAAACGGAGAGCAAGGCAUCAAAAUUCAACAGUCCGAUAAAAAAUCAUUCGAAAUGGCUGUUGAUGGUGCUCCUCUUCCAAUUCCAGUUGUCCAACCAGUCGCAACUAUGCCUAUAAUGCAAGUGAAUAAAAAACAAGACGAGGAUGAUAACAAAAAGAAUAAGAGAAGCCGUUGGGAAAACAAAAGUCCGACUAGAAGUCCAAGAAGAAGUCCACCACGACGAGACAUCCGAUCGAGAAGUCGUAGUCCACUGCGCCGAAGAAGACGGUCGAGGAGUCCAGCCAGAAUAAGUCAACACACAGAUCCAACUAGAUGGUCUGUCUUAGUAAUGAAUGUACCAUUCCGUAUAAAAGAAGAAGAGCUCAUGGAAUGGUUUGCCGAAAAAGUUCGUCCAGCCAAGCUCUCUCGUGCAUACUAUUCUGAUGGGAAUGCAUCAGAUCGAUGGAUAGCAGAGUUCUCAAGUGAGAGUCUGAUGCGUCGAGCGUUCUCUAUUCGAACAUUGUGUUCUGGCCGAACUCUGAGGCUGACAUACGUUAAGAACGAGGAAGUCGAUAAAAUGUUGAAAAUAGAAGAUGUCUACGGAGAGGAAAAACGUCAUAAAAAUGAGGAAGCUCGGGCUCUACAGUCAGAAGCGGAGAAGAUCAAUCCCCCGUCUUUCUUCAAUGCUCCAGUGACGCGUGGACCGCCUGGCGGUCAUAUGGUUCCCCAAGGACUUCCGAACUCAAUGAAUGGACUACCACCACCACAACCAAAUGGCUUUAAUGGAUCAGUUCCUCCAGCUGGUUUCAGUCAACCACCACCGUCAGGCAGUUUCAAUGGUCUAACACCUCAUAUUCGGGGAGGAUUCGUUCCACGUGGCAAUGGGUUUUCUCAAAGAGGUGGACCCGUGGGCCGUGGAGGACAUGGUGGACCUGGUUUCUAUCAAAACAAUGGAGAUAGUUUCAACAAUGCUCCAGAACAAUCUCAGCAAAAAGGAUUUGGAAAUCAGGAUGGUUUCCGAGGAAGCUAUCGAGGUGGUUUCCGAGGUGGACGUGGACGAGGAGGUGGAUUCCAGGGAAAUAAUCAUCGUAGUGAUGAACCUCAGCCAUCACAAAAUGAGUUUAUGCAGUUAGUCCAAUCCAUUGGUCCACGUGGUACAGUACUGUCUUGUAAUGGAUUCCCUAAGGAUGUCACUCUCGAAGAUGUGGUAGACUUUUUCCUUCCAUAUGAGCCCGACCGCAAUUCGAUUCGCAUUCGACGUGGCGAUGAUGGAGUGAUGACAGGAGAGUGUAUGCUUGCAUGUUUUGGUCAAGAGAAUCAAUAUCUUCAACAAUUCUUUUUUCAGCAUGCUCGUCGUGCAUCUGUUGAUCUUGAUGGACAGAAACUCCGCAAUUCGCUCAUCAGUGUUCGCCUUGUUUGA